AAGGUUGCAUUUUUCCUCGAUUCCCAUUUCCGCGUUAUCUGCGUAAGUUCCCUUGUUCAUGUCCCAAAUUCCAAAUCGUUCUUUAUUUUUUUCAUAGUUAUCUCAGUUUUUGUUUCUUUUCUGUUUUUUCUUUUCUGGGUUUGCUUUCAACAUUGAAAACACAUCCCGGAUUUUAAUGUGGGUGUCGACGAUGAUGCAUCAAGACUCUAGCUUGAAAGUCUUCAAUGGAAAUGGGUAUCUGUUUUAUGGUCUGUUCUCAUCUGGGGUUUUGGUUUUGUUUUGAAUUUUUGUGUUUUUUUGUGUUGCAAACUCAAAAUGGGGGUGUUUUGAUUGGGUUAACUAUGGUGAUUAAUCUAUGGUAAUGGGAGUUUUUGGAGCAUUCCAGUUGGGUAUUUCAUGGAAAAGAGGGAAGCUCUUUGAAAUAAGGAGAUGGGGUUCGUUCUGUCUAACUUGUCCUGUCUAAUUUUCUGGUGGUUUGAUGGAUCUCGGAAGCUUUAAAAGUUAAAGCUAUCAUCUUUGGGGGGCAUAGUCCCUAUAAGACUGGUACAUUAGUUAUGCUUUUCCAAGAAGGUUUUGUCUUGGAAACUAUUCUUGUCUCAUAUUUUGAUUUAUUUAGUGUUUGUUAUGUGUAAGUAUUAUGAUUGCUGUUUUUGUGCUACACAAUUUCAUGUUUUAUGGUUGAAUCUAAUAAGUGGUACUUCCCUUUCUGUUUACUUCUCUUACAUGGCAAUACCAAAUUUUUGGUGGUGGACAAAUUGUUCCUUCCUAUAUGCUUUUUGCUUCUUGUUUUGUUGUUUGUCAACUGUCUUAAAAGAAUCUGUUGAUCUUAGUUCAGUACUGCAUUGAGGGCACUUUUCUCAUUUCUAGAGAAGUCCAAGACAAAUGACAGUAUGGCUUGAAUUCUUUCCCUGGUGAUUACCUUUAGCAUGCUUGUUGAGGACAAGUCAGUUUUCAUAUACUACUUUUGAUAUUUAACGUAGUGGAUGCCUGUCUUGUUAGUUUUUGUUUUCUUUUCUCCCUAUUGUACGUUCUACUAGAUUUCAGA